AUGCGACAGCAACAAACAACAACAACAACAACGACAACAACAACAACAGCGACAACAACAAUAACAACAACAACAAAUAACCGAAUAAAGACAGCCGAAUUUCCGAUUUACAUGGAAUAUACACGACAACAACGAUUUAAUAGACCGAUUCGCAUUGAAUUAUAUCUUGCCAAAGCAUUGUUACGUGAUGAAUGUUCGCAAGAUUCGCAUUGUGGUCAUCGAAUGAUUUGCUGCCAUAAACAAUGGUAUGAUCUAAGUGCUGAUUCUGGUACCGGAUAUUUUUGUUUGCCAAAUUGUGAAUUAACCAAAAAAGUAAGUCUUGGAAUACAUGAAGCCGAUGGUUUAAUACCAAACGAUAUAAUUUAUGAUUAA